AUGGCUCGUCGGCGCCACCACCAGCUGCUCGCCGUGCUCCUCGCCGCCGCCGCCGCCGUGGUCGCCGCCGCCGGUGCCCAAGAGGUACCCUACGCGCCGAUUUCGAACACAGGCGGGUGCUCGUCGUGGAACAACUUCAGCGUCGGCAGCGGGUACCAGGUUAACCUCUUCAAGCUCCUCGGCAACCUCGCCGCGGGCGGCGCCGCCGCCGGCAGCGGCGGCUUCUACAGCGGCAGCUACGGCGCCCUCUCCGACAUGGUGUUCGGCGUCGCCAUGUGCUACGUCGACCGGCACUGGACCAAGUGCCGGAGGUGCCUGGACGCGGCGACCUCCGGCGCCGCCGCCUUCUGCCCGUACAGCCGGAGGGUGGACGUCAUGUACGACGAGUGCGUGCUCCGCUACUCCGACGAGAUCAACCUCUUCUCCUUCGCCGACUCCAGCGGGUGGUACGGUGAGUCUUUUUUAUCGUUUGUGUCGUGGGAGAACGUCUACGUCGACGACAUGGCGAGCAUGAACGCGACGCGGUGGGAGGUGUUCACCGGGCUCGCGGCGGAGGUGACGGCGGCGUCGCCGCCAAAGCAGGAGUACACGGACUCGCGAGGCGAGUCGCUGACGGUGUACGGGAUGGUGCAGUGCGGCCGCGGGUUGCUGCCGGAGGAGUGCAGCAAGUGCCUGAGGCACCAGCUGGGAGAGCUCACCACAGGGCUCCCCAACAACACCGCUGGUAUCAUCAGGGGUUACAGCUGCUACAGCAGAUAUGACAUGGCUUCCUUCCCAAUCCAAAUCACCAGCCAGUCUUCUCCCCAAGAAGCAGACGGUGCCUCGGCCGGUUCCCAAUGGAGGCUAUACAUUCGGCGACAAGUGCUCGCCGGCGUGGCUGCCGGCUCCGCCGCGAUCUUCCUUUGCCUGAGUCUUUCAGUCUGCUACAUUCUUCACCGGCGCCGGCGGGACAGCAAGAUCAGGCCGGUCAAGCUACCUUCCUCCUCCCGUGAUGAAUCCGUGGAACCCGACCUCGAGCACGGCGGCGGGCCGCGGCGCUUCUCCUACGGCGAGCUCGCCGCCGCCACCAACGACUUCUCCGACGACAGGAAGCUCGGAGAAGGUGGCUUCGGCUCCGUCUACCGUGGGUUCUUGGAGGGUCUGAACCUUCACGUCGCCGUCAAGAGGAUCUCCCGGAGCUCCCAGCAAGGUUGGAAGGAGUUCGUCUCCGAGGUCAAGAUCAUCAGCCGCCUCCGCCACCGCAACCUCGUGCUGCUCAUCGGCUGGUGCCAUGAACCCGCCGCCUCCGCCGCCGGAGGCGACGGCGAUGGCGACGGCGGCGGCGACAAACUCUUGCUUGUCUACGAGCUGAUGUGCAACGGCAGCGUGGAGAGCCACCUGUACAACCGGGACACGCUGCUGCCAUGGCCGGCCAGGUACGAGAUCGUGCUCGGCAUCGGCUCGGCGCUGCUGUACCUGCACCAGGAGACGGAGCAGCGCGUCGUCCACCGCGACAUCAAGCCCAGCAACGUCAUGCUCGACGCCUCGUUCAACGCCAAGCUCGGCGACUUCGGCCUCGCGAGGCUCAUCGGCGACCGGAGGACGCCGUCGCAGACGACGGCGACGCCGACGACGCGGCUGGCGGGGACGAUGGGGUACAUGGACCCGGAGUGCAUGGUGACCGGCAGGGCCAGCGUGGAGUCGGACGUGUACAGCUUCGGCGUCGCGCUCCUCGAGCUCGCCUGCGGCAGGUGCCCGGUCAUGACGCGGCCGGACGGGAGCGCCGUGCACCUGGCGCAGCGGGUGCGGGAGCUGCACGACGCCGGGAGGGUCACCGCCGCCGCCGACGGACGGCUGAACGGAGGGUUCGACGGCGACGAGAUGGAGCGCGUGCUGGUGGUCAGGCUGUGGUGCGCGCACCCCGACCGCGGCAUGAGGCCGGCCAUCAGGCAGGCCGUCAACGUGCUGCGGUUCGACGCACCGCUGCCGAGCCUCCCGCCCCCGGCGAAGAUGCCGCCGCCGCCUGGAGCGCCGUCCCAUUCGCGCUUGCCGCUGCUCGCCGCAGACCUGUUCCCCUCCCUGACUCGCCCGCCGCCGGCCGGAGCCACGCACGCUGCCGCUCGCCCAGCCGCUCCCGUCAACGCUAACAGCACACACAUAGAGGAUGGGAGGGCGCCUUCCGCCUCCCAUCUUGAGGAUGGCAACUCGAUCAAUCGAUCCGUGUGUACGCGACGCGAUGCUUUCAAAGCAGUUGUAAUCAACGUAUGUCGUCAUGCGCCCGCCGCGACGGGGAAGCCGAUGCCGCGGCACGUCGACGGGAACAUGGCGAAGAGGAAGCUCCCCGCCGCGCCGGCCGCCAUGGGCACCGCCGCGAGCAGCUGCCUCGUCGCCGGCGCCCGGCGACUCCACCGGGUAGAAGCACGCCACCGCGUUGCAGUCCACCAUGGCCACGCCCAGGAACACCGCGAACGACAGCGCGCCGAGCCUGUACCUGUUGUCCCUCGGCGGCGGCGAGCCGGAGCCGUCGAUGAGGCGGAGGCGGCUGCUGGGCGUGACGAAGUCGUAGCGCACGGCGCCCGUGCCGUCGCGGUAGCUGUCGGUGAAGGAGAGCAGGAAGCAGCAGAGUGCAUAGGCGCCGACGAGGCAGGCGAUGAGCGCACGGUUGGUGGCCGUGUAGCUGUCGUCCGCGGUGGAGGACGGCGAGAGCACCUCGAAGGCGAGCACGGCGCCGGUCGGGAGGUGCUUUGCGAGGUCGGCCGUGCUGUUCAGCGUCCUUGCAGACGAGGCUCGGCGUCGCCUGUGCCGGCGGUUGCGUCGUCUAGCCGUCGUCCGAUGACGCGAGCAGCGGCGCCUUCGCCUCCGGGAACUCCUCGUCGCCGCCGCUUGGCCGCGACGCCAUCACGAACAAGAACAAUGACUAGCUUUGCUGACUGUACACCUUUGUGA